AUGGCCACAGCAGCGGCGGCCUCGUCCGAUGCGCUCCUGUUGGACCCGAACUCGUCGGCUCUCGUCAACAUGUCGUGCUUCGACCUUCUCUUGAUCGAGCUGGUCCCGCUGGCCGAGCGCAUGGCCCGAUCGUUCGAAGCCUCUCUCGACAAACCCGCGCUGGAGCCCUCAUCCUCGUCCUCGUCCUCACUCACACCUUCCAAGCGCGGCACCGUCAGCACCGCCGCCACCACCACCACGACAAAACCUGCGAAUGCUCCUCCUCCUUCCUCUACAUCCAACAACAGCACCGCCACUACGGCCACGGCCACGACCACUACUACGAGCGCGACCCCGACCCCGGCACCGGCACAUGCAGGAGCUGGAAUCGUUCUCGCCGCAGACGGACUGCCCGAGACAGAUGUCUUCAGAGACAGCGUCUACGUGCGCUUAGAAAGGUUGGGCUUCCGAGUCGGCGAAGGCCUGAGCGAGCGGUUCUCGCGAGACCGACCGCGGUUCACCGACCAGUUGGACGUGAUCAAGUUUCUGUGCAAAGACCUGUGGACAGUCGUGUUCAAGAAACAGAUUGACAAUCUCAAGACCAAUCAUCGGGGCGUCUUCGUCCUUACGGAUAGCAGAUUCAGGCCGUUUUCGCGGAUGAGCAUGGCGAACCCCGCCGAGGCCAUGGCAAGGGCGCAGCCACAUUUGUACUUUCCGUGCGGUAUCAUUCGAGGUGUCCUGUCAAGUUUGGGCAUCAAAGCAAUCGUUCAGGCCGAGACAACCGAAUUGCCCUCUGCCACCUUUCAAAUCAAGACGAUCCCAGCCAAAUGA